GGGUAUAGUGUGUUCUGCGUUCUCCGGUAUAGAUUUAUGCACGAGUCGACUUGCAAACUGGUUUCUGUGCUGUGUCGUGUUGGGGGGAAUUAUGUCCUUUAUGCAAAUAUCUGUCAUUUACGGUAUGACUAUUGGCUACCACACGGGGCAAGAACAAUUGGCUUAUUUUGCCGCCAGAGCAAGAAAUGUACAGAGCACCACAAGGUUUAGUGGGCCGCUGCUGCGAGCGGGAACCGAAGUGGAGCGGCGCACGGAGCCCUUCAGCCCCGACACUACUACAACUACCACCACCACAACCCCACCAGAGACCACUGAAUCUGUACUCGGUUUGGAGAUGUAUGAAACACGACCUAGAGCCAGAACUGGUAGUCGCGAUGAAAAUGGCACGCCUAUAUUUAUACAAUACGUGGACAUGACUACCUUGGGGUCUUUGCCGGAUCUCGAGGAUUUCCCCAGGAAAUUCAACGGUCGUGUCCGGAGAGCGAAGAAUGAUAUGUUGAGCAAAAUGUUUUGGAGACCUUUUAAAAAAACAGAUGUAAAACCAAUAUCGCCUACAUAA